UGUAGCACAUCGCUGUUUUCACUGAAGCAAAUAACAAAUCUCAAAGAAGAGAAAGAGGCAAUAAAUGAUGGAUUGAUAACAUCCUCUUAUCCUCACAUUUGAUUUGAAUUUACUCAGAGUAUCGGAAAGAGAGAGAGAGAAAAAGAUGGCGUGCGAAUCAUAUCCCUACGGGCGCUUCGACUGCUUCCACACAAUCCGGAUCCAAAAUAUCCAGUUCAGGCUUUCCAAGCUCCACUGCCCUUAGUGGGUGCCCGCACACGGCAGCCAGCUCCCGGCCGAAGCACUGCCUGACUGGCUGGCUCAGCUAAGUGGAAGUCCGCCGCCCGCUCUGCACUUCAUCUUCGACCCCGUCAGCCGGCUCUAUUUCGGCUUCAAAACUUCUCCCCAACGGACGGAGCCCACACCGUGGACAGAACCGCGAAGCCUGGGCCGCCACUUUUGUUUUGUUUUGUUUCGCGACACGAGAGGAGCGCAGACAAAUGUUGUCGGCUCGGUUCCGAUAGAGGUAUUCACGAGGCCAUACAGAGCGGCUUUUUGGCUAUGGAAGUGUGCCCCUGGAAGAGAGGCACGACCGGGCAGCAAGGAGGACCUGUCUCCGAGUGAGAACCAGCCCGAGACACAUGAAGACGGGCAUGCCUCAGACCAGCAGACCGUCACAGGACCCCCCAUCAGACACUAUCUGACUUUUUUCCUCUUUUACCCCCCCCCCCCCCCUCAUUUUGACUUUAUGUUGCAUGGCUUCGCUACGAGGUGAGAGGCUCAAUAAUGACCAACUCUAAGAGUGUUUGGAGGGGAAUUUUUUAAUCAGAAGUCUUUUGUCACAAAACAAAAACCUACAAGAGACCACCAAUGUUUGGCACCAUGUGGAAACUACACACCUUGUGUUGGUUUAUCAUCAUGUUGGCCCAAGUCUACUCCACUGAGGGGUUCAGUCGGGCUGCCCUGCCAUUUGGCUUAGUACGGAGAGAGCUGUCUUGUGAGGGUUACCCCAUCGAUUUGCGCUGUCCAGGAAGUGAUGUCAUAACGAUUGAAAGUGCCAACUAUGGGCGGACAGAUGACAAGAUCUGUGAUGCUGACCCUUUCCAGAUGGAGAACAUUAACUGCUAUCUUCCAGAAGCCUACAAGAUCAUGUCACAGAGAUGCAACAAUCGGACUCAGUGUAUCGUGAUCACAGGUUCAGACGUCUUCCCAGACCCUUGCCCGGGGACAUACAAGUAUUUGGAGGUCCAGUAUGAGUGUGUGCCCUACAUAUUUCUUUGUCCUGGGACUCUGAAAGCUGUUGAGGAACCAUCCUUUCAGUUUGAAGCGGAGCAACAAGCUGGUGCCUGGUGCAAAGAUCCACUGCAAGCUGCAGAAAAGAUCUACUUCAUGCCUUGGACUCCAUAUAGGACAGACACUCUAAUUGAAUAUUCUUCCCUGGAUGACUUCCAAAAUGCCCGGCAAACAAUUACCUACAAGCUUCCCCACCGGGUGGACGGGACUGGAUUUGUGGUCUAUGAUGGUGCUGUGUUUUUCAACAAAGAGCGCACCCGCAACAUAGUCAAGUUUGACCUGCGAACUCGAAUCAAAAGUGGGGAGGCGAUCAUCAACAAUGCCAAUUACCAUGACACGUCACCCUAUAAGUGGGGUGGUAAAACAGACAUUGACCUGGCUGUAGAUGAGAAUGGCCUGUGGGUAAUCUACGCAACAGAGCAGAACAAUGGCAUGAUAGUGAUCAGCCAGUUGAACCCAUACACGCUGCGUUUUGAGGCUACAUGGGAGACAGCCUACGACAAACGCUCAGCCUCCAAUGCCUUCAUGGCCUGUGGAGUGCUCUAUGUGGUCCGCUCCACCUAUGAAGACAAUGAAAGCGAAGUCAGCAAGAGCGUAAUCGAUUAUAUCUACAACACUAAGCAGAACCGUGGGGAAUACGUUGAUAUCCACUUUCCAAAUCAGUACCAAUACAUUGCAUCUGUGGAUUAUAAUCCGCGAGAUAACCAGCUCUAUGUUUGGAAUAACUUUUACAUCCUGAGAUAUAAUCUGGAGUUCGGCCCACCAGAUCCAGCUCAUGCUCCACCUUUAUUUCAGGCCACCGUGUCCUCCCAGCCUCUGAGAACUACAACCACCACGCCAACAACCACAGUACGCCGGGGUGCGGCCAACAACACUACCACCACAACAGGGCCCAAAGAGGGCAGCAAGGGAGCAGCAAGGCCCCCUCCUGUGAUUCUGCAGACUACUUCACCUCCGCCCCUGGAGUCGUUCCCCUUGCCCGAGCGCUUCUGCGAGGCCACUGAGAGAAGAGACAUCAUGUGGCCUCAGACCCAGCGGGGCAUGCUGGUAGAGCGACCUUGUCCCAAGGGAACGCGAGGCACAGCAUCUUAUUUAUGUGUCCUUUCCACUGGGGCCUGGCACCCUAAGGGCCCCGAUCUCAGCAACUGUACCUCCCACUGGGUCAACCAGGUAGCGCAGAAGAUCCGCAGUGGUGAAAAUGCAGCAAACUUAGCUAACGAGUUAGCAAAGCACACGAAAGGCCCCAUUUACGCAGGGGAUGUCAGCUCUUCAGUGCGGCUCAUGGAGCAGCUGGUGGACAUCCUGGAUGCUCAACUGCAGGAGCUACGGCCGAGUGAAAAGGACUCUGCAGGACGGAGCUUCAACAAGCUUCAAAAACGAGAAAGGACAUGCAGGGCGUACAUGAAGGCCAUUGUUGAUACCGUCGACAACCUACUCCGACCUGAGGCUUUAAAGUCCUGGCAAGACAUGAACACCACAGAGCAGACCCACGCCGCCACCAUGUUACUCGACACGUUGGAGGAAGGCGCCUUCGUCCUUGCCGACAACCUGAUGGAGCCCGCCAUUGUCAAAGUUCCUGCAAACAAUAUAAUCCUGGACGUCUACGUGCUCAGCACAGAUGGUCAGGUUCAGGAUUUUAAAUUCCCACAACCCAACAAGGGGGGAAUCUCCAUCCAGCUUUCGGCCAAUACUGUCAAGCUCAACAGUCGGAAUGGAGUUGCCAAGCUGGUGUUUGUUCUGUACAAGAACCUAGGCCAGUUCCUUAGUACAGAAAACUCCACCAUUCAGAUGGCCAACGACGCUUAUGGACGCAACGUGUCCGUCAACUCUGACAUCAUCGCUGCGUCAAUAAAUAAAGAAUCCAGCCGAGUCUUCAUUAAUGACCCGGUCGUUUUUACCCUGGAGCACAUCGACAUGGAGCACUACUUCAACUCCAAUUGCUCCUUCUGGAAUUAUUCCGAGAGGAGUAUGAUGGGCCACUGGUCCACGCAAGGCUGCAAGCUCCUUGAGUCUAACAAAACACACACCUCCUGCUCCUGCAGCCACCUCACUAACUUCGCCAUCCUCAUGGCCCACCGCAAAAUAUCGGUUAACAGACCACAUGAGCUGCUGUUGACUGUCAUCACCCGGGUGGGCAUCGUGGUGUCGCUCGUGUGUCUAAGCAUGAGCAUCUUCACCUUCUGCUUCUUCCGAGGCUUACAGAGCGAUCGCAACACCAUCCACAAGAACCUCUGCAUCAAUCUCUUCCUCGCCGAGUUAAUAUUCCUAAUUGGUAUCGAUAUGACAGAGCCCAGGAUUGGGUGUGCCAUCAUUGCGGGGAUCCUCCACUUUUUCUUCUUGGCUUCCUUCUCCUGGAUGUGUUUUGAGGGAGUCCAGCUAUACCUCAUGCUCGUGGAAGUCUUUGAAAGUGAAUACUCAAGGAAAAAGUACUACUAUGUGUCUGGUUACCUCUUCCCUGCCAUUGUGGUCGGGGUCUCUGCAGUGAUUGACUACAGGAGUUAUGGGACCGAAAAAGCGUGUUGGCUAAGUGUGGAUAAUCAUUUCAUCUGGAGCUUCGUAGGACCUGUCACCUUUAUCAUCGUGCUCAAUUUGAUCUUCCUGGUCAUCACCAUGUACAAAAUGGUGAAGCACUCCACCACCCUGAAACCAGACUCAAGCCGAUUGGAGAAUAUCAAGACCUGGGUCAUAGGGGCAUUUGCUCUGCUCUGUUUGCUGGGCCUGACGUGGUCCUUUGGUCUCUUCUUCAUCAAUGAGGCCUCCAUUGUCAUGGCGUACCUCUUCACCAUAUUUAAUGCCUUCCAGGGAAUGUUUAUCUUCAUUUUCCACUGUCUCCUCCAGAAAAAGGUCCGCAAAGAGUACAGCAAGUGCUUCCGUCACACGUACUGUUGUGGAAGGCUGCCAACUGAGAGCUCGCACGGCUCUGCAAAGACUUCCACUACACGGACAAGCGCACGCUACUCCUCUGGUACCCAGAGUCGAAUCAGGAGAAUGUGGAAUGACACCGUAAGAAAGCAAUCUGAGUCUUCCUUUAUCUCAGGUGACAUCAACAGCACCUCCACCCUUAACCAAGGAAUGACUGGGAAUUAUCUAUUAACAAAUCCUCUUCUUCGACCACAAGGGUCUAACAACCCUUAUAACACCUUACUGGCUGAAACAGUUGUGUGUAACACUCCCACGGCUCCAGUCUUUAACUCUCCAGGGCACUCACUGAACAAUGUGGUGAGGGAUACAAGUGCAAUGGAUACUCUACCGCUAAAUGGUAACUUUAACAACAGCUACUCACUCCGCAGUGCGGACUUCGGCGACAGUGUACAGGUGGUCGACUGCGGACUCAGUCUGGACGACGCUGCCUUCGAGAAAAUGAUCAUCUCUGAGCUUGUACACAACAACUUGCGUGCCUAUAACAAAAGCCACCAACAGCAGCCCCCCAAUUUGAUUCAACCGCCCCACCUCCACCACCAUCCGCCGGCGCCUAUGCUGUACCACCACCAUCACCACCACCACAAGGCGGAGCGGGCUCCCCCCAAGGUGACGGUGGUGGGUGGCAGUAGCAGCGACGACGACGCCAUCGUUGCCGACUCUUCUUCUUUGGUCCACAUGGGCGAAGCGGCGGGCCUCGAACUGCAACAUCAGCACCAGCUGGAGGCGCCGCUCAUCCCCCAGCGGACGCACUCACUUCUGUAUGCCCCCGAGAAGAAGCUGAGGACCAACGGGGAAGCGGAAACCUUUGCGGGCCAGCAGACACCCGACAACAACGACCAAGAUAGUUUGCAGUCCCCAAACAGAGACUCCUUGUACACUAGCAUGCCGAAUCUGAGGGACUCUCCUUAUCCCGAGAGUAGUGCAGAAGUUGUGGAAGACUUGUCCCCAUCCAAGCAAAGCGACAAUGAAGACAUUUACUACAAGAGCAUGCCUAACUUGGGAGCUGGCCACCAGCUGCAGGCCUACUACCAGAUAGGCAAAGGAACUAGUGAUGGUUACAUCAUUCCCAUCACGAAAGAAGGCUGCAUACCGGAGGGCGAUGUACGGGAAGGACAGAUGCAGCUAGUCACAAGCCUUUAAAUGUAUUCAGAUGAGCACCCAAACCUCCUCCUGACCAUUUUCAGCCGUGAACAUUAGUGGACAAACUAGUGAAGGAAGUAGAAGGCGUGUCAUUUGAACUAGCCAUUGACCACUCUUUUUCCCCAAAUAGGUUCACUCUUCUGCUCUUUUCAGCCAUUCCUGUGCAAGGUUUUAAUAAAGGUGUACAUAAAAUACAGAGUCAGAUUUUCAUUUUUAGAGAUAAGCCAAUUAUGUAUUUAAAUGUGCUGCUGCUGUCAAAAAUGUACGGUACCCUAAUAGACACACACAGAAAAAAAUUCUAAUCAAGAACCAUUACUUGACUCCUCAGAAAAGCAUUUAACAAGGUUGUACAUAAACUUCCAAACAUACUGUGUUUUUGUUUAGUUUUGUUGUUGUUGUUGUUUUGUUUUUUGAUUGUGAAUGAAAUGACACUCCUGGGCCAGGACAUAGACUCAAGCCUGUACAGACUUUUUAUAUUACUGUAUAUUUAUGGUCCUGGUCGUCCUUCAUCCCCAUGCUGUUUUGAUUGUAUGACCACUAGCAAUCAAGCCCCUGGCCUUAUAUUUUCUCAACUGUACAUUGAACUGUAGUCAAGAGUAAUGGCUAAAAAUAUAUAUUUUGUUGUAUUGCUGGUGUAAUAUACAGAUUAUUGGGAAAACAUAAUUAUGAAGAAAUUGUUUAAUUGCAAAAUAUAACAUUUGAGGGACUCUUGUCUAGAGCUUAUACAUAGUGCUUCUGACCAUUGAUUCAAAGUGAGUUUGAACAUUAGCCGCAAAUGUAAAGAAAGAAAUAUACCUAAAAAAAAAACAUACACAGAUGCUUCAUCACUUUUACCACAUGUGAACAGUGUUUAUACUGUCUGCUUUUCAUUGAUAUCACCGACUCGAACGUUGAUUUGAUUUUGCCAGAGUGGAAUUACUUUCUGCAUAAGUACAGUACAUAUUUUAAUUGGUGUGACAAUGUGAUGGGCAGUUGGAAAAUGAAGGGUUAUUUUGGGUUGUUGUUAAUCAGUAAACUACUUUCACUGCCUUGCUUUAAACAGUUUAUUUAUUACAUCUUUCUUUUUAAAUAAUGGGUAUUAUUUCCCAGCACUGGUAUAUGUACUGUACUGCACUGUAGCUCAUGAUUUUGUGUAAUCAUAUUACAAUGGGCUCUCCACUCUAAGACUGAUGUAAAGUUCAACACUUGUUUGAAAAAUAUAAUAAAUGUGAGAUUUUUUUUCAAAUGCUAUGUUGCUUAUUAAUGGUGUGUUUGCUACAACGACUCAUCAGAUAGCAUUGACUAAUCUUAUUUUGCUAUGAAUAAAGUAUAAUUUUGUCUCAGGUUGUAGGUCCUGAGCACCUUGAAAGGUAAAUUGGUGAAUUGAUGUCUAAUUCGUUUUUUUUUUUUGUCUCUUGAAUACCUGCACAGUUUGAAAGCGCUCCAUUCACCACAUUUGUCAUAGAAGCCAAAUCUGUCCAUGUUUUUCUAAGCA